UGUGUUGUUAUUGUUGUAAUUAGUUACUAAAAUUUUAACUAUUUUAUGUGUAUUACAGAUAAAAUGCCUAGAAGAAGAUUGCGAGAUCUAAGUAUUGUUCAAAUUACUCCAAACUCGGAAGAAACAAAUAGUGAACAACAGACUGCUAUUGGAUCUUCGAAUGUUCCGAAUACACCUGACGAACCUGUAGAAUUUCAAACUGAAAGUGGUGAGACGCACAGAGGUCGAGGACGUACGCUACUUAAAGAUUUAUACGAGUUAGAUCCUAUCGAGCGUGUCAAAGUAUGUAGAAACAGUUUUGGUCAGCCUGUUGGAUCAGAAGCUCGAAUUUUAGCAGGAUAUUUGGGCAUUAUAGCACGAAAUGCCAAUAUGUUUCCUAUCAACUACGAUUCAUGGCAUCAAAUGUCUAAUAGUAACAAAAAUCAAGCUCUCAAUAAUAUUAAGGCGAGGUUUGCUUUGGAGGUCUCGGAUAAUUAUGUCAAGAAGUCAUUGGGAAAAAGGUGGAGAGACCAUAAAAGUACUUUAAAGAACGAAUAUUUUAAGACAAAAACAACCCUCGAAGAGAAAUUGUGAAAUGUCCCGCCGGGAAUGCUAAGGUACCAAUGGGAAGAUGCGGUUAGAUUUUAGAAUUCAAAGAAAGGAGAGGAUCGUGAACGAGUUGGAACAAGCAGUAGGCAAAAAUAGAAAUUCACUCACACAGCUGGGUCGAAAAGUUUUGCUUGUGUAGCUGAGGCUGAGG